ACGAAAUGUUCAUACGUUGUGUUUGAUAUAAAAUUGCAAGUUGUGUUUUUCAGAAAGUGAGUGUGGAGUCCAUGUUACGUUGCCAGCAGCAUAUAUGAGAAACAGAUACAUUGUGAACAACCGAUCGCAAGCUAUAUCUAAAAUUUCAUGCAAACAGAAGCAAAAUGUGGAAAGCCGUAAUAAUCUCACUCCUUGGAAUUCUGAUAGCUAUUCAGAGCGUAGACGCUAUAACAUGCCGAUCCAGCUAUGGGUCCUCUUACAGUUGCUCAAGUGGUCGGUACUGCUGUGGAACAUCUAGCUGUUGCACUUACACCGACGAGUCGGAUGGCCUCCUCAGUCUAUGGUAUUUAUGGGUCGGCAUCGUCAUAUUAUUCGUCAUAAUUUCCGGAGCUAGCGGGGCUUACUACAGACAUAGGAAACGCAUGCUCUUGCUUCGAACACACCCUGCCCCUACGGUGCAAGCUAGCGCUGUACAACAGACUAUGGCGGUAUCUGCUACAGCAUCAUCUGGUAAUCCCGGUCAUCCACCACCACCACCAGCCUACAACCAGGGCAUUGACAACACCAAACCCAACAUGGGGGUAGCUCCGAACCCCGCGGGGCCGAGUGUAGACCCUCCCGUCUAAAACCCCAACCCUAACCCCAACCCCAACCCCAACCCCAGCCAAGUGGUAACGGUUCAGGGCAACUGAUAUCAUGUUAAACGCCCUCCCUCUUCUUUCCGUCCUUUCAAAUGUUCAGUGCUUUCGGAAUGUUAUGCUAUGUCUUUCAUACCUCCACUGAAAUCAACUUUAAUAUGUAUUCUAUUACGGCCAUUUCUUGAUUUGUAUAUGGAGUUAUUGCGUUAUAAUCCAGAGUUAUAUUUUGAUUUUUUUUUCCUUCAAAUUAAUUUGUCAAUUUUGUGUGUUAAUGUGCAAAUCGCUACACGAUCUAGAAUUUUACCUGAAAGUUAGUUUCUUUUUCAUUUUUAUUUUCUUUGUUUUUAUGAAUUUUUGUAAUGCUGCUUCAUAGCGUGCAAAGAGAAUACUGUAGUCAGGGAAAUUUACCCUUACCUAAUUUUUUGUCUGCAAAUUUCGAUUGGUUUCAGUUUUGUCUUUACAUGUAUAUUGCAAAAUAAGACCAAAUACUCAUGUCUUUCUCUGUUUUUAUCAUUCUUGAAACGGGCUCAUGGAUUGUUAUACUAGUACUAGGAAUUCCGGGCCCCUUCUAAUAAAGAGUUGUGAUUGACCCUAAUCAAUAGCAAGUUUGCAGUCCGCUAUCUCUCAUCUACAUACUUAGUUGCAAUUGAUGUGAAUCGCAAAUAAGUUGCGAUUAAUAUCAACUCUUUAUAACACGGAGCCCUAGAUUACUCUUCAAGUCAAUUGAUAUGUCACGAUUUUUUUUUUUUUUUU